AUGGCGACACGCAGAUGCUCCUCUCCAAGCACCUUCUUUGUCGUUCCUAUCACCCGCACCUCCGGCUUCUCGGCCUCCUUCUAUCGCUCUUUGUUCCUAAACAUCGAUGCCAGUCUUGCGGCGAAGCAUUAUUCAUACCCCGCUUUGGUGGUGGCGAUACUGCUGAGCCUCUGCGGAGAUCGUGCUUCUACACCCCAUCUUCGCGGUCUGGAGCAUAACCGGCUGAUGAACGUCCUUCAUACCUCACCCCGGACCUUGCCGCCCGACGAUGUCCCUCCUUAUGCGAUCCUGUCUCAUACGUGGGGACCAGACGAGGUGGUCUUCGCAGACCUGGCAUAUCCAAAAGAUGAUUGGAAGCGCAAGACAGGCUUUGGCAAGAUCAGGUCCUGUGCCGAGCAAGCGAAACAACAUGGGCUAUGGUAUUUCUAG